AUGUCUGAGUGUUGCGUUCGAGGUUCUCUUUGGCAAGGUACCCCCUCCGGGCGAGAGACAACCCUCUCCAAGAAUAAAUCUUAUCGCACCGGUUCCAACAAAGACGUUACAAUUCUCUUCAUUCAUGACGCGUAUGGCUGGACCUUUCGAAACAUAAGAAUUCUGGCAGAUGCAUAUGCAAAAGAAGUUGAUGCUACGGUCUAUGUACCCGAUUUCUUUGGAGGGGAAGUGCUUCCGCCCGAGAUCUUAGACGAUCCUUCUCAAUGGCACACCUUGGAUUUCCCAGGUUUCAUGGCUCGCAACUCAAAGUCAGUCAGAGAGCAGGAGAUUCUCGCAUGCGCGCAAGCUCUCCGCUCGCAAUACAAGCGAGUAGGAGCAGCUGGUUUCUGCUUCGGAGGCUGGGCCGUCUUCCGUCUCGGUGCAAAAGAGCAUGCAAACCUAGUGAAUUGCAUAUCGACUGCACAUCCUUCGUUACUAGAGAAGAGCGAGAUCGAGAAUGUCAAGGUGCCAGUUCAGAUCAUUGCUCCAGAAAUUGACCCGCAGUUUACACCAGGGCUCAAGGAGCUUGCCAACUCGAUUAUUCCUACGUUGGGGGUGCCUUACGACUAUCAGUACUUUCCUGGGAUUGAGCAUGGGUUCGCGACUAAAGGAGAUGAGAGUAAAAUUGCUGAGUACAGUGCAGUGAAGAGAGCCAAGGGUAGUAUGGUUGCUUGGUUCCGCUUAUGGCUGCAUGAGAAUUGA